CUAGAGAGAGUAACAGAAACAGAGUCAGAGUUAGAUUUACUGUUAAAACUGUUACAUAAUGAUAAUAUAAGAGACUAAAGUCUAAAGAGAUGAGUGGAGUAGUCAGUAGUAGAGACUUAACUUUUAGAGAGGCUCGGGGUUCUUUUUCUUAUAUAUUAAUUUUAAAUUACCUUAUUCUAGAUCUAGUUAAGUCGAAAGUCUAGAUAGUAUAAGUAUACUAAAGUAAAGUUUGCAUUGAAGAUGGCAGAUGGUCAACUUAAACCAGCACCAACAGAAUUAAACGACAAACGUGAUAGAUGGUAACCGUAAUGUCAGUGAACAAGAUAAGUCAACUAUUUCUAUUGGCAAUAGUAUAGGAGCAGAAGAAAAACCUAAAAUCAUACAAAACGUUUCAAAAAGCAAUAAUACUACAUUGUGCUGGACCUCAGGCCCAAGAGAUUUAGAGCAAUUACAGUACAGUGAGAAUGAAGACGUGAAUGACCCACAAAUAUUAUUGAAGAGAUUUUUGAAUCAUGAUGAUCUUACGUUAAAGAAGUGUGUAUAGAGAUAUGCCAAACUUAUGAACAAACUGCAAAGGAUUAGUAGAGAUAAAUAAAGAAACAGUUGUAAGGAUAUAUAAGGUAGAUCAAAAGAAAAAUGACAACAGAGACAACCGAAUAGAUUGCUGGUUUUGUCGAGGCAGACUUGCUGUGAACAGAACAUCAUGCCCAGCUUGGGGCAAAAUUUGCAUUAAAUGCAAAGCUUUACAGAUAUCAGUGAGCACAGAAACAAUGCAAUGCAAGAACCGAAUAAAAUGUGUUAUAAAUAGGGCUGACUUUAUGGCCCAUGAAAAGUUUGAUGGAUUGACAUUUUGGUAUGAAGAUUCUGUUUUUGUCAGAAUGAAUAAGAAGAUGGAGACAUUCAUUAACUCAUCUUCUAUUAAGAAAGUAUCUGGUAUGAAAAUUGCAAGUGUUCAAGUAGGCUUCAACAUGGAAGCUAAAGAAAUUGAAAUCACUCUUCAAGUAGAACCUGCGGCAGGACAAAUGUCUCCAUUUUUUUGUCGGUACGCCAAAUCCUCAGAUGAAGAUGUACUGAUGCAGUAUAAGCAAGUAAUGAGUGAAGAAACAGACUGUGUACAGAAACAACAAGACAACACCUUUGACAAUACACCAACACUUUUGAUAGCGAUUUCUGCAAGCAUUUUCCUGGGUAUAGAGAUCAUUGGACUUACUAUUUUUGUGUGGAGAAAAUUGUUCUUUUCAGUAAAUCCACAUAGCAUUGAAAGCAAGAAUGCAGUGGAAGAAACAAUAGAAUUGCCAAUGAAUGCUGUUACAACAGAAAAUGAAAAAAUGAGUAUCUUUCCACCAGACCUGAUGGAUCAAAAUCUUCAAAGUAGCAGCCUGUCAAUAGUAGAAGAACAUGGGUAUGAAACAGCAGCAAGUAUCCACCAUGAAAAUCCUCAAAAUAGCAACCUGUCAAGAGUAGAAGAGCAUGUGUAUGAAACACCAUCAAGUUUCCAAAAUGAAGAUCCAAUGAAAAGUCUUAACACUGAAAAGGAAAGUUAUUCCGCUCCAUCAGAUCUCGGUCAAAAUGAUAGGAAUGUGACGGCUACACUCCAGGCUUGAAGUUCAGACCAUCGUCACUGCAGUCAAACCAAACCAUUCAAUUAAUGUCAAGUCAUUACAGAAUUUAACUUCUUGGUGUUUUUUCAAAAUUAAAAUGGCUGUUGUUUUAAUUAGAGUGUUUGAGAUCUCUAAUUGUUUUUCCCAUUCAAAUCAAAUACACUUAAAAUAAGAGUUACAAAACUAUAUUUAUACAUUUUUUAUACAUGAUACAAUGGUAUUUGCAUAGACUCUAACAUAGACUCUUUCAGCUCCAUCAGCCAUAAAUUGUUACAUUUAUAAGCUUAAAUUUACAGAUAUUUACUUGUUACUAAUGCUAAGUUAUUAUUCUUUCUACUUUGUGUAUGUUAUUAUCUCUGUAUAAUCAAGGCCAUUGUAUUUGGUAGUGCAAAUUUAUUAAAUGAAAUUAUUAUUUAAUAUUCUAUUCAUUUAGCUGUUAAUAAUUACUUUGAAAUUGGAUGUAGGACCAACACUUAACAAAAAAACAACAACAUUAUAUUAAUGGUUCCUCUUUUUUUAGUUUAUUUUCCGGGACACAAAAAAUAUAAAAAAUA